GUUGUGUCCCGACUCCAUAAAGCAAUCUGAGAGUAAACUUCCAGUCCCCGGGAGGAGGCAGGCGAGGGAAUGGAGGUAAGCGGCGAUGCAGCCCCCGAUCCCACCACCAUCACGAUUCACGUAAAAUUCAGCGGCCGGACGCUGCGUCUCUCGGUCUCCGACGAUUUCACCGUCAGAGAUCUCAAAUCCCUCCUCCAACCUCUCACCGAUGUCAUCCCUCGCGGCCAAAAGCUCAUCUUCAAAGGGAAAGUUCUUACAGAUACUAUGAAACUGAAGUCAGAACAAGUGAUAGAUGGUUCCAAAAUUAUGUUGAUAGCUUCGCAAGGUCUACACCAAGGGGAUGGUCCGAUUACCAAAGUCACUACUUCUCCAUCAACCAACACAAGGAGGAUCUUUGAUAGUAAACAAAGUCAAGUUUAUAAGACUAACACAAUUGUUGACAAAAGUCGUUCAGAACAUUGGAAGAUAACUGGUGUUGUAGGCUUGUCAUUGAGCCACUUAAAGAGAGUGCCUGAAGAAGUUUGGGCUUGUGGACAUUAUGUAAGAGUACUGGACGUCAGCAACAACUUUAUUCCAGAAAUAUCGGACAACAUCGGUUUAUUGACAUCAUUGAAUAAAUUGUUGCUGAAUGCUAAUGAUCUAUCGGACAAGGGUAUUAGCUGGGAAGGCCUGUCAUCUCUGAAGUCUUUAACAAUUCUCUCUUUAAGCCAAAACCAUUUAACUGCUUUGCCCUCUGUGGUUGGCACAUUGACUUCUCUCUGUCAACUCCAUAUUGCCAACAACAAAUUAACAAGCCUACCAGCCGAAAUUGGAUUUCUGAAUCAACUUCAAAUUCUGAAGGCAGGCAACAAUAGGAUAAGUUCAUUGCCUUCAUCUAUAGGAAACUGCCAUUCGCUUGUUGAGAUUGAUUUGUCAUCAAAUCUUUUAGUUGAGCUGCCAGAAACACUUGGGAAUUUACAUAAUCUAAAGGCUUUGCAUCUAAGGAACAAUGGUCUCAAAUCUCUACCUUCAACGUUAUUCAAGAUGUGUUCUCAACUGUCGACACUUGAUCUCCAUGGCACAGAGAUUACAAAUGAUUUUCUCCGGCAGGUUGAAGGAUGGGAGCGUUUUGAUGAGCGCCGGCGAUCAAAGCAUCAGAAGCAACUUGAUUUCCAUGUGGGAUCUUCUGGAGUAUUCGAUGAAGGUGCAGAUGAUAACCGGAGUUCUUAACUCUUUUAAAAUAAUGGUGCCCUUGUUGUAUCAGUAUCGGCUGGUGGUUGUAGCAGAGAUGCAGAAUAACGUUCUGCUUUCAUCAUGGUGAGAGAUGUAGGGACGGACUAAUUUGGACAGGGUUUAACCCGUUCUGUAGCCCAAUAAAUAAUAAUAUUAAUACAGGAUAAUUUAUAAACAAGAAUUUUUUA